AUGGCGGCCCAGCGUAAACGCAGAAAGCGGAGCAAAUGCAACCAGCCACCCAUGUCCACCUCUGCUCAAGCUUCAGGGAUGCCCUGCAGAGGAGGGGAGCUACCUACCACCAAGCCGAGUUUUCCAUUUGAAUUGAGUUUAGUGAAUAACAUUGUCUAUGUCCAGGGCUUUAGGGAGAUUAAUAUGGAAAAUGUAACAAAUGUAAAGGAAUUCAUUAUUCUGGGAUUUUCUGGAGUUCAGGAAUAUCAAAAUCUCCUUUUUGUGUUCUUCCUGACACUAUAUCUCAUCACGUUAGUUGUAAAUAUAUCCCUUAUCACUAUUAUCAGGUAUGGCCACCAACUGCACAAACCUAUGUAUUUUUUCCUUGGUAAUUUAUCGUUUUUGGAGCUUGGUUAUGUCUCAGUUACAGUUCCUAAGAUCAUGGUGGACAUUCCCAGAAAAAUCAAAAGCAUCUCUUUUCCAGGAUGUUUUUCUCAGCUGUUUUUCUUCACAUUUUUGGGGGCCACAGAGACCAUCCUCCUUGCAGUAAUGUCCUUUGAUCGCUUUUUGGCAGUGUGCUACCCUUUACGUUACACAAGCAUAAUGAGUCAUAAAGUUUCCUUCAAUUUAGCUGCUUCUUCAUGGGUGCUAGGCUUCUUGACCACUUCAUUUCCCAUUAUCAAAAUAUCAGAGUUACAUUUCUGCAAUUCAAAUGUCAUUAAUCAUUUCUUCUGUGAAUCUGCACCCUUGUUAAAGCUCUCCUGUUCUGAUCCAUAUUUUAAAGAGUUAAAUGUCAUAGUCUGUGCUUCAUCAGUCAUUUUAAGCUCUGUUCUUUUAACUAUGACAUCCUAUGGAUAUAUUUUGCAAACUAUAUUAAGAAUUCCUUCUGUCACCGGGAAACAAAAGGCUGCUUCUACCUGUGCCUCACAUCUUUUAGUGGUCACCACAUUUUAUUCAACUAUGUUUGCUAUGUACAUAAAACCUACAGCUAGUGAAGGAUCCCUCAAUAAAAUAAUGGCACUUUUUUAUGCCGUAUUUACUCCUCUUGUGAAUCCAUUCAUCUACAGCUUACGGAACAAAGAAGUUAAAGAAGCUGUUUUUUCACUUUUCAAAAAGAAAAGCAUUUUGAAGCUUUGGAAACUUUAG